AUGGUGCUGAGACUCUUUGCGCCGCCUGGUGAAGGCCAACAUCGACUUGUCCCGAAACGACCGGAUCCCAUCGGUGCCAAUGCGACCCUCCAGUAUUCCGUGCUUUCCUCGACCGUUGUCGCCGCCGCCUAUACGUCCUUCGCAUCGAGAUAUAGUCAGAGAGUAACUCCUGCGCAGCCGCUAUCUAGGGCGGCUGUCUUCAUACGGGCUUCAGCCAGACUGGGGGUUUGGACAGGUGUGGCAGGAGCGGCGCUCAACUGGUAUUACUACUCGGCUUUCGCCAAGGUGGUGGUGUCGCAAAAGGUGCCAGAGAUCAACGACUGGAAGCUCUACGAGCGUACAAAGUCAUACACUGUGGAUGAUGGCGCUUUGGCAGGAGAGAGGCAGGAGGCUUAUAAACAUCUUGGUCGGCAACUCAAGCGACGAUCACUCGAGUUCUGGGCCAUCUUCUGGGACGCAGAGAUGAUGACUAGUCUCGAUCCUAUCAUGCAGCAGUACGUACGACACAACGGUUUCUGGUACACAAGAUGGCUGCCUGAGGAAGUCUUCGAUCGAGAAGUACAUGCCAGCGAACCUUUCGCUGGCAGCGAAGCGCCCGCCGCAAUCACUGAAGCACCUGUCGAAGAGCAGCCGCCGUUCUACAUUGCACCCAUCGAGUACGCCGAAGACUUGCGCCAGAUUGACGUACAAAGUACCAAAGCUAGAAUCGAAGCCAUGGAGGCGGACAGACAGGAACUCCUCAAGGAAGCCGAAUACCUCCUGUUUGUCAACGCACAGCAGCAGUACGAGUACUGUCACCUGGAUACUAUGGAUGAAGAAGAACGGCACCGACGUCUUCAGGAGAUCCAUGUCGUCGACAUAGCGUACAAUCGCCUUCGUGCUGCAGCGUAUGAAAUCGACGUCAAGCUCAUCCAUUGGCGCAUGUCGCUCAAGCACAAGCUUGUUUGGGAAAUAGCCACGACCGCUACCCCUGCCACUUCCUCCAUCUCCACCAGCAUGAUGACAACUCGAACAGAUGCCCUCGCCGACUGGCUACCCGCCCCUCAAGCCUUGACUUCCUUCGCAACGCACAAACCGACGUACUCGAUGGGCGAGAUUGAAAAGUUACAUUGGCAGAUUGCGGCUGAGGUCAAGAGGUUCGAGGAGGGAUGCAGAGAUGAGAGAUACACAAAGGAGAAGAGAGAGAGGUGGAGGAGGGAUGCUGAGGAUGGGAGUAGGAUACUGAGGGCAGCCGACCAUGUCCUGUGGAGGCUGAUGAAGGCGAGAGAAGGGGCUGACGAUGGUGAUGCGAAGAAUGAUGGGAUUGUGGUUGGGCAUGAGAAGAGUGUUGCUCCUGUAGGCCAAUCGGCAGUCACGACUGAGGCCGUAAAGCUGGACACGGCAGCCACUCCCGCCAGGAAGGAGCUCGAUAAGCCUCGUGUGGAUGACAAAGUGACGAAAACACGUACUGGUGCUCUGGAUGCUGACAAGUCCUGA